UCUAGGCAUUACCUGUCGUCUCUGCGAUUUCUGCAGAGUGAGGUUGAUGCCGUGUUGGAUUUGGGAUGUGUUUACAUAUUAAAACAAAGUAGAGUGAAUCGGAAAGUUUCUUCGAAGCAGAUUAUUUUUCUAACAUGUGUAUUUUUUACUAUACUUUUACUAUACAAACUAAUGUAGUGAAGAAAUGACUGAUUCUCCAAUGCUCUAGAACCAGGAGCAGCACCCAGACCUAAAACUGACGUCACAUGUCCUUGCUACAAACAUGACGCCCACAACUGAUUUCAAAUCGCCACACGAAGAAGUAGUUACCAUCACUGAGCCUGUUCAAUCUGGUAGUAAAAACCCUACAAAGAUUGCCAAACUCAGCUUCGUCUUUUUUCUUGCAUCUGGAAUCAUUAACUGGUACUUCUUCAUAAUUGACAGCGAAUUCUAUAACUUUCACAGUAGAUCGAUCAACUUUUUCUAUAAACAAACUUCCAUCAACAACAGUGGCAUGAAAUUAUUAAUUGUUCUGGGCAACACCAUCGCUUAUGGAGUUAUCUACCUGCAAAUCUUUACCUGCAGGUCUAGAGGAAGCAAAGUCACUGCAAUGAUCGCUGCAUGUAUCUGUAUAGUUACAUCCACAUUCUGGUUAGUGGCGUUGAUCCUGAUGAAUACUAAAGCAAACCAGCCCAGGGGACAUGAGAAACCUGGCAUUUAUUUUGUCCUGAUCGUUGCUGCACAUUAUGCUCAAUUCAUUACUGGGUUGAGGAUGGUCGUGGAGAUGAUAAAUAUCACCUGAUAAGUGAAUUAAUAUAAAUAAAUGUGUGUGUGUGCUUGUCUUUCAGUCAAUGCAUAUGUACUAAAUAUAAUAUUAAGAGAUUAAGAGCAUAAAUGUUACAUAUGUGUGUAUACACAUAUGGUUUUAAAUA